AUGUCUAAAGUCAUCACUGUUUUCGGUGCCACCGGCAACCAGGGUGGUUCCGUGAUCGACGCCAUUCUCGCCGAUACCCAGCUCUCGAAGGAAUUCAAGAUCCGGGGUAUCACCCGCGACACCACCAAGAAAAAGGCACAAGACCUGGCCAAGCGCGGUGUUGAUGUUGUCUCGGCCGAUCUGGGCUCUGUUGACUCUCUCACCGCGGCGCUGAAGGGAUCCCACACUGUGUUCCUCGUCACCAACUACUGGGAGACCAUGAACGCCGACAUCGAGUACUCCCAAGGCAAGAAUGUCACUGAUGUCUCCAAGGCCGUUGGUGUUUCCCACCUGAUCUUCUCAUCUCUCCACCAUGUCACGGAGGAGACCAAGGGUCGUCUCACCAAUGUUCCUCACUUCGAUAGCAAGGCCAAUAUCGAGAAGUACAUUCGUGCUUCUGGCGUUGGAUGCAGCUUUGUCCUUCCCGGUUACUACAUGAGCAACUUCACCCAGAUGCUCGUCCGUGCUGAGGAUGGGUCGUACCAGCUCUUCUUCCCGGUUGGAAAGCAGGCCCAGUUCCCUCUCUUUGAUGCUGCCCAGGAUACAGGUCUCUUCGUGAGAGCUGCCCUCAAGCACGGCAACCAGCUAAAGAACAAGCAGAUCUUGGCCGCUGCCAAGUACUACACCCCGGAGGAGAUCGUGGACACCUUCUCCAAGGUCACUGGCAAGAAGGCCGUCUUUAUCCAAGUCUCUGCCGAGCAAUACAAAGCCUCCCUACCUGCGGCUAUAGCUGAUGAGUACCUCGAGAACCAGCUGUUUGUGGAGGAGCCUGGUUACUACCUCGGGGAGCCCCUCGAGCCCAGCCUGAGCCUUCUCGAUGCUAAGCCUACCACCUGGGAGGAGUUUGUGAAGAAGAACGUCUCCGCUUGGAAAUAG